GGCUGCUCCGCCCGGCUUGAAACCUCGCAGUGCCGGGGAGUUGGAGGUGUUAAAGCCGGAGCAGCGCGGCGGGCUAGGGGUGAGUCUGUGCAAGGAACGGGCCCCGAGGACUAGUCUCUCACCGUAAGGAGCAGGCGCCGCCGCCGCGGCUCUUCCCAGGCUUUGACCGGACUCAGGUCCCUCAUAAGUCACCAUGGCUCAAAAAGACGUUGAUAAGUACCUUUAUGUGGACAAAAACCUCAUCAACAACCCCCUGGCUCAGGCUGACUGGGCAGCCAAGAAACUGGUGUGGGUCCCAUCAGAGAAGAAUGGGUUUGAGGCAGCCAGUCUGAAGGAGGAAGUGGGAGAUGAGGCCAUAGUGGAGCUGGCAGAAAAUGGAAAGAAAGUGAGAAUAAACAAAGAUGACAUCCAGAAGAUGAAUCCACCCAAAUUCUCUAAAGUAGAAGAUAUGGCAGAGCUGACCUGCCUGAAUGAGGCCUCUGUGCUGCACAACUUGAAGGAGAGAUACUACUCAGGGCUCAUCUAUACCUACUCAGGCCUUUUCUGUGUGGUUAUAAAUCCCUACAAGAACCUGCCCAUAUACUCGGAGGAGAUUGUGGAGAUGUACAAAGGCAAAAAGAGGCAUGAGAUGCCUCCUCACAUAUAUGCAAUCACAGACACUGCCUACAGGAGUAUGAUGCAAGAUCGAGAGGAUCAGUCCAUUCUGUGCACAGGUGAAUCGGGAGCUGGUAAGACAGAGAACACCAAGAAGGUUAUUCAAUAUUUGGCUCAUGUUGCUUCCUCGCACAAGAGUAAAAAAGACCAGGGAGAGCUUGAGAGGCAAUUGCUUCAGGCUAACCCUAUCCUGGAGGCUUUUGGAAAUGCCAAGACAGUGAAGAAUGACAACUCCUCAAGAUUUGGCAAGUUCAUCAGAAUCAACUUUGAUGUCAAUGGCUACAUUGUGGGAGCCAAUAUUGAGACUUAUCUCUUGGAAAAAUCGCGUGCAAUCCGUCAAGCCAAAGAGGAACGAACCUUCCAUAUCUUCUACUACCUAUUGUCUGGGGCAGGGGAGCACCUGAAGACUGAUCUGCUGUUGGAGUCUUACAACAAGUACAGAUUCCUUUCAAAUGGGCAUGUUACGAUCCCAGGUCAGCAAGACAAGGAUAUGUUUCAGGAGACUCUGGAGGCAAUGAAAAUCAUGGGCAUCCCAGAUGAAGAGCAAAUAGGUCUGCUGAGAGUGGUCUCAGGUGUUCUUCAGCUUGGCAACAUAGUCUUCAAGAAAGAGCGCAACACAGAUCAAGCCUCUAUGCCAGACAAUACAGCUGCUCAGAAAGUAUCCCACCUUUUGGGUAUCAAUGUGACCGACUUCACCCGGGGAAUCCUAACCCCUCGUAUCAAGGUGGGACGAGACUACGUCCAGAAAGCUCAGACUAAAGAGCAGGCUGACUUUGCCAUCGAGGCACUGGCCAAAGCCACUUACGAACGUAUGUUCCGUUGGCUGGUGAUGCGCAUCAACAAGGCCCUGGAUAAGACCAAAAGGCAGGGGGCAUCCUUCAUUGGAAUCCUUGACAUUGCUGGCUUUGAGAUUUUUGAACUGAACUCAUUUGAACAGCUGUGUAUUAACUACACAAAUGAGAAGUUGCAGCAGCUCUUUAAUCAUACCAUGUUCAUUCUGGAACAAGAGGAGUACCAGCGGGAGGGCAUAGAAUGGAACUUCAUUGACUUUGGCCUGGACCUACAGCCCUGCAUCGAGCUCAUAGAGAAGCCGGCGGGACCCCCUGGUAUAUUGGCUUUGCUGGAUGAAGAAUGCUGGUUCCCAAAAGCGACUGACAAAAGUUUUGUGGAAAAGGUGAUGCAGGAACAAGGCAACCACUCCAAAUUCCAGAAGCCAAAACAGUUGAAAGACAAAGCUGACUUCUGCAUUAUACACUAUGCUGGCAAGGUGGAUUACAAAGCAGAUGAAUGGCUGAUGAAGAACAUGGAUCCUCUGAAUGACAACAUUGCUACUCUUCUCCACCAGUCCUCAGACAAGUUUGUGUCUGAGCUGUGGAAAGAUGUUGAUCGUAUAGUGGGGCUGGAUCAGGUGGCUGGUAUGUCAGAUACAGCAUUGCCAGGAGCCUUUAAAACCAGGAAGGGUAUGUUCCGAACAGUGGGACAGCUCUACAAAGAACAGCUAUCCAAACUGAUGGCUACCCUGAGGAACACCAACCCCAACUUUGUCCGCUGCAUCAUCCCCAACCAUGAGAAGAAGGCUGGCAAACUGGACCCCCAUUUAGUCCUGGAUCAGCUCCGCUGUAAUGGAGUGCUGGAGGGAAUCCGUAUCUGCCGACAGGGCUUCCCCAAUAGAGUCGUCUUCCAGGAGUUCAGACAAAGAUACGAGAUCCUGACUCCAAAUUCAAUUCCUAAAGGAUUCAUGGAUGGAAAGCAGGCCUGUGUGCUGAUGAUCAAAGCAUUGGAGCUGGAUCCAAACCUGUAUCGAAUUGGACAGAGUAAAGUUUUUUUCAGAGCUGGAGUCCUUGCUCACCUUGAGGAGGAAAGAGACCUGAAGAUCACAGAUGUCAUUAUUGAGUUCCAAGCAUGCUGCAGAGGAUACCUAGCCAGAAAGGCCUUUGCCAAACGUCAACAGCAGCUAACUGCAAUGAAGGUGCUUCAGAGGAAUUGUGCUGCCUACUUGAAGCUGCGUAACUGGCAGUGGUGGAGGCUGUUCACAAAGGUGAAACCCCUGCUGCAGGUAAGCAGGCAGGAAGAGGAGAUGAUGGCCAAGGAAGAAGAGCUGGUGAAGGUCAAGGAGAGGCAGUUGGCUGCAGAAAACAGACUGACUGAGAUGGAGACCCUCCAAACACAGCUAAUAGCAGAGAAGCUGCAGCUGCAAGAGCAGCUGCAGGCAGAGACUGAGCUCUGUGCCGAGGCUGAGGAGAUAAGGGCCCGUCUAACGGCAAAGAAACAAGAGUUGGAGGAAAUUUGUCAUGACCUGGAGGCCAGAGUGGAGGAAGAGGAAGAACGGUGUCAACAUCUGCAGGUUGAGAAGAAGAAAAUGCAGCAGAACAUUCAGGAACUGGAGGAGCAGCUGGAGGAAGAGGAAAGUGCAAGGCAGAAGCUGCAGCUAGAGAAGGUGACCACAGAGGCCAAGCUGAAGAAGCUGGAGGAAGAUCUGAUAGUUUUAGAAGACCAGAAUCUCAAACUGGCCAAGGAGAAGAAACUGUUGGAAGACAGAGUAUCUGAGUUCACAACCAAUCUAACUGAGGAAGAGGAGAAGUCUAAGAGUCUGGCUAAGCUCAAGAACAAACAUGAGGCCAUGAUCACAGAUCUGGAAGAACGUUUGCGUCGCGAAGAGAAGCAGCGGCAGGAGUUGGAGAAGACUCGCAGGAAGCUUGAGGGAGACUCCACUGAUCUGCAUGACCAGAUUGCUGAGCUGCAGGCUCAGAUUGCAGAACUCAAAAUGCAGCUGGCCAAGAAGGAAGAAGAGCUACAAGCAGCUUUGUCUAGGGUGGAGGAGGAGGCAGCCCAGAAGAACAUGGCUUUGAAAAAGAUCCGGGAGCUGGAAUCUCAGAUCACUGAACUGCAGGAAGACCUGGAGUCUGAGCGGGCAGCUAGGAACAAAGCAGAAAAACAGAAGCGGGAUCUGGGAGAGGAGCUGGAGGCACUGAAAACAGAGCUAGAGGAUACGCUAGAUUCAACUGCUGCACAGCAGGAACUCCGGUCAAAACGGGAACAGGAAGUGACUCUUCUGAAGAAGACCCUGGAUGAUGAAGCAAAGACCCAUGAGGCACAAAUCCAGGAGAUGAGGCAGAAACAUUCACAGGCAUUGGAGGAGCUGGCAGAGCAACUAGAACAAACCAAGCGGGUAAAAACAAAUCUUGAGAAGGCAAAGCAGACUCUGGAGAGCGAGCGUGCUGACCUGUCCAAUGAGGUGAAAGUGCUUAUGCAAGGCAAAGGGGACUCUGAGCACAAGCGAAAAAAAGUAGAGGCCCAACUCCAAGAGCUACAGGUGAAAUUUACGGAUGGUGAAAGAGUGCGGACAGAGCUGGCCGAGAAAGUCACCAAACUCCAGGUCGAGCUGGACAAUAUUACAGGCCUUCUGAAUCAGUCUGACAGCAAGUCAAUCAAAUUAGCUAAAGACUUCUCUGCUCUGGAGUCACAGCUUCAGGAUACCCAGGAGCUGCUUCAGGAGGAGACUCGCCAGAAGCUGAGCCUCAGCACCAAACUGAAGCAGGUGGAGGAUGAGAAGAACAGCUUCAAAGAGCAGCUGGAGGAGGAAGAGGAGGCAAAGAGGAACCUGGAGAAACAGAUCUCUGCCCUUCAGCAGCAGGUAGCAGAUACAAAGAAAAAAAUGGAUGAUGGCCUGGGCUGCUUGGAGGCAGUGGAGGAAGCCAAGAAAAAGCUGCAGAAGGACUUGGAGGCCAUGAGCCAGCGUUUUGAGGAGAAGGCAGCUGCUUAUGACAAGUUGGAAAAAACAAAGACCCGGCUGCAGCAAGAAUUGGAUGACCUCAUUGUGGACCUUGAUCACCAGCGGCAAAUAGUCUCCAACCUGGAGAAGAAGCAGAAGAAGUUUGAUCAGCUGUUGGCAGAGGAAAAGAAUAUCUCCGCCAAGCAUGCAGAGGAGAGGGACCGAGCUGAGGCAGAAGCCCGUGAGAAGGAGACCAAAGCCCUGUCCAUGGCCAGAGCCCUGGAAGAAGCCAUGGAGCAGAAGGCAGAGCUGGAGCGGCUCAAUAAGCAGUUCCGCACAGAGAUGGAGGACCUGAUGAGUUCCAAGGAUGAUGUUGGCAAGAGUGUUCAUGAGCUGGAGAAGUCUAAGCGAGCCCUGGAACAGCAGGUGGAGGAGAUGAAGACCCAGCUGGAAGAGCUAGAGGAUGAGUUGCAGGCCACAGAGGAUGCCAAGCUGCGGCUGGAAGUGAACCAGCAAGCCAUGAAGGCACAGUUUGAGCGUGACCUCCAGGGCCGGGAUGAACAGAAUGAGGAGAAGAAGAAACAACUGAUCAGACAGGUACGAGAGAUGGAGGUGGAGCUAGAAGAUGAGAGGAAGCAGCGCUCCAUGGCUGUGGCUGCCAGAAAGAAGUUGGAGUUGGACCUGAAGGAUCUGGAAGUCCAGAUAGACUCUGCCAACAAGAAUCGUGAUGAAGCCAUUAAACAACUCCGCAAACUGCAGGCUCAAAUGAAGGAUUACAUGCGGGAGCUGGAUGAUGCACGCACCUCCAGAGAAGAGAUUUUGGUCCAGGCCAAAGAGAAUGAGAAGAAGAUGAAGAGCAUGGAGGCUGAGAUGAUACAAAUGCAGGAGGAACUUGCAGCUGCUGAACGUGCCAAGCGCCAGGCCCAGCAAGAGAGAGAUGAGUUGGCUGAUGAGAUAGCCAACAGCAGUGGCAAAGGAGCCCUGGCCUUGGAGGAAAAGCGACGUCUAGAGGCCCGGAUAGCUCAGCUGGAGGAGGAGUUAGAAGAGGAGCAGAGCAACACAGAAAUGGUCAACGACCGGCUCAAGAAAGCUAACCUUCAGAUUGAUCAAAUAAAUACUGACUUGAAUGCCGAGCGCAGCAAUGCCCAAAAGAACGAAAAUGCUCGCCAGCAGAUGGAGCGUCAGAACAAGGAGCUUAAGGCUAAGCUGCAGGAGAUGGAGAGUGCAGUGAAGUCCAAGUUCAAGGCUUCCAUCACUGCCUUGGAGGCCAAAAUAGUGCAGCUGGAAGAGCAGCUGGACUCGGAGACCAAGGAGCGCCAGGCUGCAGGCAAACAGGUGCGCCGUGCUGAGAAGAAGCUGAAGGAUGUCUUGCUGCAGGUGGAUGAUGAGAGACGCAAUACUGAGCAGUACAAAGAUCAGGUAGAUAAGGCAAACGUGCGCCUGAAGCAGCUGAAGCGCCAGCUUGAGGAAGCAGAGGAAGAAGCCCAGCGAGCUAAUGCAUCCCGCAGAAAGCUGCAGCGUGAGCUGGAGGAUGCCACUGAAACGGCUGAUGCAAUGAAUAGAGAGGUCAGCUCCCUCAAGAGCAAACUCAGGCGUGGGGACCUGCCAUUUGUCGUGCCACGCCGGAUUGCCAGAAAGGGCACAGGAGAAUGCUCCGAUGAGGAAGCAGACAGCAAGGUGGAUGCUGGUGAUGCCAAAGCUACUGAAUAAAUCUUCUCAGCUGACCCAGGUUACACCUGAUCGAAUGACCUACCCACCCCUCCUCCAGUGGUCUUCCUGCAAACCACCACCUGGGGAACACAGAGCCCAUCCAACAUGUGUUUUUGUGUAUCUGGAGCCAUUCGGCACCUGUGUUCCUCAUUUCCUCCUCUUCCCAGCUUCCAAGUUCUCUUUGUAUUUAAUGCCAAAGAGUUGGGACUCUAAAAUCUGACCAGCACACCUGUAGAACUGUCCAUGCCAUGGCUGCUGGUGAAUUUUUACACUUGGAAAGAGAGGGGUUAGGGGGGAAAAAAUUUUUUUUGCUGUACAUCUAUUUUUCUUCAGACCCUAGUUUGAUAGAUGCAAAGAGAGCCUGCACCUCUAUUCUCUUCCCCCACCCCCCUCCCCCUGGUUUGCUUUUUGGCAAUCAUGUUCAGUGACCUCAGACUUCUGCCUCUUUAAUCUGCCCACCCAGAUGGUUUGGAAGCAGUUUCAGGAAUAACGGGGUGCUUUGACCAUGGCAAUUCACCCUUUCUUCUUUCUAGAGGCCACACGUUCACAGGCAGGGGUGAAGGAAGGAAGCAUCUUUCAGAAUCACCCACCUGGGGGACUUGCCAAAGACUUUUUCUUUCUUGUUCUUACUGUCUGGCCAGAUCUCGGAAGUGCAAUGAUGUCCUGGCAGUGUCUCUGCUUCUGUCUGCUUGGCUUUUUAGCUAAGGUAGUGUGGACCAGUAGCUGGUGACAGGGUCAGAAAAACCAGAAGAAUCUCUGUGCUUGUCUGGAAUCUCUUGAGGACCAAAUAUAUUGAAUGGUAAUAGAUCGAAUCUAGUGGAAUUUAAUGUGUCGGUGGGAGGGGUGAGGAAGGGAGGAGAAUCCCUCUUUUUAUUGACAUGUCCAAGCCUUUUGUGUAUCUGCUCUGUAACCAGGGGAUGGGGUUAGUUAUUCUGCACCAUUGACUAAGAGUAUAUUAAAAAUUCUUUAAUCUGCACAGAUACGUAAAGGGCCUUUGUGUCUCUUGUAAUAAGUAAUUAAAAAAAAAAAUAAAGGUCUUUAUCACUGCCUUUCUAUUGGGACCUUGGUUAUAUAGAGAUAGUCUUUACUUUUCUACAUCAUACACUGGUUGCUGGAUUUACCUGUAUUCUUAACCAUAUUGUAUAUGCCGCAUUUAGGCUUACUUAUGAGCAAAGAAAAAUAAUUAAAAAUAUGAAACUCCAAUACUGUAUGCCUGAAAGCGCUCUAAAUUCAGGCACUGUGUCCCAAUUGCUGUCAAAGGAUUUAAAACCUUUUUUUAUAUAAAGUGCCUUAGCAUGUGCCUCAGCUGUCACCACUACAGUCAGUAAUGGUUUACUGGUGCUCCACUGAUGUUACCAAUAAAGAUUAUCCAUGUGCUGCAA